AUGCAAUCCGCUGCUCCCAUAUCCUCAAUCCCCGCGAAAAAGAAACGAACGAAACGCGUUCGCAAAACCAAGAGCCUGGAUAGUGGUACAAAGGCCAAGAAAUCGGUCCUUCUUGAUGAGCUGGGUGACGCAUUGGUCGGCCAGUUCUAUAUCCCCAACCUCGACGAUCCUUUGGAGGCCCCCAAUGUAUCGGUUGUCGACCAUUUGCGCACCAGCCUCCAUGCAGCACCAAUUUCUGACGCCAGUUCUGUCAGCAGCAGCCGCGCAUUGACGGCAGUCGAAAGCCACGUCCAAAGUACACCUCCAACAAGUCUGGACGAACGUGAUACGCAUGAUCAUGCUUCUGAUAUCUCACCUUCUGCAUGUUCUGCUGUGAUCGGACAUUCUGAAUCAGACCACGACUUGCCCCUCGCCAGCAAGAGUCGCGAACAAGGCGAUGUAUUCUGCUUAGAAGACUUUUCCACGAUCACUGCCAUCCAGCGGCUGACAGCACAAUACGGUCGGGUUGCACACAUGGGUAUGCUGGAUCACAGCUACCGGUUCUUCGUGAACAAAGCGCGGACAGCAGCAUUGUCAUUCAAGGUUCAAAACCGGGUGGUGAUUAUCGGUGGAGACCCUCUUUGCGACCCAGACCCAGUCGUCAUUCGGGAUCUGUUGAACGAGUUCGCAGAGUAUCGAGCCCGCCGUCGUUGGGGAAUAGCUUUCAUGGGAGCAAGUGAAUCUUUCGUUCGAGAUUAUGUCGAAACCCAACCAGAAAAAUGGACCACCAUCCGCUUCGGCACUGAGCGUGUAUUGAAUCCUCAGACCAAUGAUGUACUUCUCGAAAGAAGUGGGAAACGGAUAGCGGUACAGAAUCGACAGUUGCUCAACUCGCAAAAAGCGGGCGUGACGCUGGGCCUGUAUGUUCCAGCGAUCCAUGGCACAGAUGCCCAGCUCCAAUCAGAUCUUGUCGCCAUCUAUGAUGCGUGGCGCGCUGAGCGCAACGACUCCACCGGCCCGCAGGCUUUCAUCACGGUAUACGACCCAUUUGCGCUGCCUAAUCUUAUGACAUUCGUAUAUAGCCGCGGCUCGGAUGGCCGGGUUAACGGGUUUGCGGCCCUGCGACGUCUGGGCUGCAGUGGCUACCAUAUCGACCCGUGCAUUGCUGCUCCUAGCAGUCCGAAAGGAAUCAGUGAUUUGCUCAUCAUGGCCGCUAUGGCUCUUCUUAAUCGCGCCGAUGUUUCUUAUCUGGGCUUUGGCUUUGAGCCUGCUCGGACCUUGGUACCUGACGAUGUACGGGGCAUGCGAAGCCCACUUGCUAGUCUGACCCGUGACUUGUACAGCCACACGUUUAUGCGUCUUCCAAUCCAUGGCAAGAAGGCGUAUCAUGACAAGUUUCGACCUGAUCCCACGCAGGAUUCGGCGUUGUAUCUCGUUUUCCCGGAUGGUGUGCCAGGGCCAAGACAUCUGCUCGCAAUGAUGCACAUGGCUAAUAUUAGUAUGCGGAAGAUGAUUUGGACUGAUCUGCGGACCAUGUUCGCUGAUCGCAAAUCAAAAUCAAAAAAGCCAUCGUCUUCCUCGGAGGUUCCGGCUGAUGCCGUUGAUCAGCAGCCUUCUGUAGCUAUGAAUGGGUGA